UUUUGUCACAAUGUGUAUUGUGCGUUAACGGCUGGUUAUUGUAUCGAGACCUGCUUUUAUAUCAGGGUACAAAAGCUUUUAAACCACCAAAGACACGUUAAACUCCAAUAAGUAGAUGUUUGUAUGUUUAAAUCUUUUUUUGAGUCGCUGAAAGUUACCUGUUUCAGACCUAAUGAUGGAUGACUUUUGUUUGCUGAGGGGGAACAGUGCGCCUCUGUGUCCAUAGUGUACACACACACACAGAGAGGGAGAGGGAGAGCCUCAUGGAGAGAAAUAACUGAAACAUGAAAUAAAACAAGUUCUUCCAGAAGCUCCAAACUGAACCUACUCUCCUGGAGCACACUUUCAUCCCUUCAGUGAUAUCAUGCCGCUUUGCACAAGAUGACUGACUUAAAUCAUGAACACAUGAAGGAAAACGAUAAGCAUGUGGACGAGACACUCAACUGGACCUACAUCGAAUGGCACGAUGAGCGCAUGGCCAAAACUGUGGAUGCUCACACCCAAACAUCUCAUGAGGCAGCCGUGGACAAAGAGACCCAAACCAGCAAUCCUUUCCUGAUGCGGAUCGAGCUGUCCAGGACACCGUCCAGAAUGAGAUGUGGUUCGCUGGGUGAGAUGGAUGCCAUGUCAACACCGCUCUUUCAGUUUGACAGGCAGGCACCUGCUCGUAUCUCCACUUCUCCUACUCUGAGGAGGAUGAGGAGCACCAGGCUGCCUUCCCGUGAUGCAGGGAGGAUAGGCAGCACCCAGGAAGAGCCUGGUGUGAAUGAGUCUCCCUUGCCAAGGAACCCUCGGUCACCUGCACACCGUCAGAAAUCUCCCCUCGCUACCAUUGCGAACCAGUCGAAUGGGGACAGUCAGCAGAACGGUCAUUCUGAUGACAUGGUGACUCCUGGGAACGUCAGGUCUUUUAGAUCCAAAACGAUUAGCAGCAGUGGUCUUCACUUGAGGCAGGAGUUUUGUAGUGUGAAUGAACAUGCUGAUGAUGAUACUGAAAAGGUGCAAGAGCCAAGUCAUAAAAGCUGGAUGCAGGAAAGAAGACAGAGCGCUGUGGUGGUCACUCUUCCUGGAUUGGACAUUUCUCCUGGUGAUCUUUUUGUGUCCAAUGGUGCUGUUGAUAUUUUAAACCGCUCCACCUUUUCAGAUACGAAGAAAUCAAAGUGGCCUUUUUCAAAACGUACUAUAAAUAAAGGCAGGACACGCACAGCGGCGGACAUAGAAAAAUGUCUCGUAGCCGUUCAGAUCCAGGAGUGGAGAGAAACACAUUUUCAGCAGUACAAGGAUUUGCCUUUGGAGGAGUUUCUGAGAAGUCAGCCUGAGCUGAAGGCAGAAGAAGAGCCAAAAGCACACAAAAGACAGGAGGCCCUCUGGGAGCUCUUUACCAGCGAGUGUGUGUACUUCCUAGACCAGUUAAUGGUGCUGAAAGAGGUAUUUCUGGCCACUCUGUCAGAUCUGCAGAUGAGGGAGUGUCUACAGGACAUUGACUCCUGGGCACUCUUUGCCAACCUCAAUGAGCUGUGCCUGGUAAGUUUUGGCUUCCUGACCAGUCUGCUGCAGGCGAUUAAAGAGCUGUGGGCCUCUCCAGAGCCUCCAGAAGCCGAUAACAUGCAGGCCUUGCUGGCCAUACUCAGAAAGGCAUUUGGUGAGAGCGUUUGUUACUGUCUGCAGAAAUACUGUCUCAACUACAGCAAAGCCAUCCUUUAUUUAGACACCCUGAAGGCCAGGGAGGACUUCAGCUCCUAUGUGAAGUGGUGUGAGAGGAAGGAGCAGUGCCGUAGGCUGCAGUUGAGGGAUCUGCUGGUGACUCCUUUACAGAGGUUUACACGUUACCCUCUCAUCCUGAAGAACAUGGAGAAGAGGAGCUGCACAGAGGCAGAGGAGAGCGCCUUACAGAGCAUAGUGGAACUGGUGGACAGAGCCAUAUAUGAUCUGGAAGGCAAGGUGAAGUGGUUGGAUAACUAUCAGAAAGUCAAGCAGCUGAAAGAAGCCUUGGUCUGGCUCCCAGUGUGGGAAAGGGACAAGAGAGCACAAUUUCCAGAGAAUCUGAAACAUUUGCUGAAAGCUGCGACUUUAGAAAACCUGGUCUCUCAGCGUACUCUCCGAUACGACGGGAAGCUCACACUCACAGAGAAUUCAAAGCUGAAUGAUGUUUACCUGUUUCUCUUUGAUGAAUUCCUCCUGAUCACCAAGAUCAAGCGAAAUAAAAAGAAACCUGUAUCUGGAGAGACGCACCCUGUGCGCUCUGCGCCUGGCCAGGAGCUGGAGCAGUUACUGCAGGAGGGCUGCAGCUUCACUGUUCUGGAUCAACCCAUCUCACUGGACCGCCUGCUGCUCAGGAAUAUAGACCAGCUUAAUGCGACAGCCUCUGGCCUUCCCUGUUCUUUCAUUAUAAUGCACCAGAAUCGCUAUCAGCAGUGCAUCGGCGUCUUCAUUCUGCAGGCUCCGACUGAGUCUAUUAAGAAAGCAUGGCUGUCUGAGAUCGAAGAGGCGGUCGGUGCUAUGCUGAAGCGGGACUUUCAGCAGCCUCGGCUGACGAGCUCUUCUCUCUAUGUGGAGUCUUCUCAGAUCUAACUCGCUUGACACAUCCGGAAUCUGACCAUCAGAGGAGGCGGCCCGCAUCAGUACUGCUGCCUGAUAACAUCACAUGACUGGGACUAAUAAUAUGGGUUUCGACUUGACUGGCCAAGAUCCUUGCAUGGUUAUAGUGUCUCACAUGUGACCUUCAGCUCCAUGUUAAUCCACUUGAGGUUUGUUCAGGUCAGGCAGCAGUGGUGGGGUAAAGUCCACUGCGUCACGAAUGACAGUUAGAUGGCUGUAAUGCAAACUGAACUGUUGCUGGAACCUGCCACCCACUGACCACUAAAUGUGCCACGGGGUGAAACAUUACAGCUCUGAAACUCAGCCAAAAUGGACGUUCCUGCUUUGAGGUGUAGAUUCAUAUUGUGUGUUUUUUUUUUUUUUAAUUAAAGUUUCUUUUGAAACUGAAA